AUAAGUACCUACCAAACCAAAGAUUAAUCGAUAUACAACCAUCCUCUCCGACCCCGGUACUACUUUAAUAUGACAUAAAUUCUAAAAAUAGAGCUGAGGAAGAUACUGCUGCUGCGUUUUUACUAAAGUAUAAAAGAUAUAAGCAGGUAAGCCAAAGGAAAUAAUAACAAAAAGAUCCUUGACGGCGCAAUGUUUUGUGUUUUCUUGACGAUUUUCGCGGUCCACGCGUGUUUUAGUGCUCCUUGUCCACAGUUUUUGCCUGUGACAGUUCAAUUAGAUCCUUAUAUGCCCAUGAGUAGGGCUUCAGUCAGCUUGAAGACGUUAGUGAAAGUGAAAGAUGAUCAGGACAAGCUUGAAAGUAAUCUGGUACUUUCUUCGUCCGAUUAUUUAAAAGAUGCUACCACUAAAAGACAAGAGUUGUUUGAAGUACCAGCAUUUCCAGUAAAAACUUCAACCAAAAAACGAAGAAGAGCCAGACCAAAUGGACACAAGAAUUUGAUUUUGAAUCCAAACACUGGAUGGGCACUUAAAACCAUAAACGACCAACCAGCCAUGGAAGUACUAAUGACUGACAAAGCUUCUGUAGCAAGGGACCUUAAGGAUUCGACUGAAAGUGCUCUAAUUGCAGUGAAAAAACUCAAAAAUUAAUUAUCUAGUUAUUACAACUUUUAUUUAAUAAUUACAUUUUAUGUUAAGAAGUAGGACUUAAGGAAGUCUCACUUAAUUCAUAUAUGACUCAAAUCAGUACAUUGUGCAAAGUUACUUGUUAGAUUGGACCAUUUUCUAUAAAUAAUGAUAUUUCAAUUUGUUUCAUUUAACACGAUUUUCGCCAAUUUUCCCUCCCUAAUGACGCAACUGCUUAUAGUUAGCUAAACGUUAUUUUUCGUUUUUUUCCAUGUAGGGUGCAUCAUGGAAAAAAAAAAUGGAGGGUAGAGGAAAAUUGACAGUGGCUCUAGAUACCCUAUCCUCAAAAGUAAAUUGGAAAAAAUGUUGUAUUUGUCAAAUUUGUGGUGGAAAAACUGUUUGCCCUGCAAACAAUCCAGUUGAUUCAAAAUAAAAGAUAUGCUACACUAGCUUCUAAUUUUCUACUUUUAAUGCGUUACAAUCCAUGUAUACUCCCAUCCAAAAUGCAAAUUGAUAGUCUUGGAGGGGAAGGAGAAAUUGGGAAAACUGUCAUCGAAAAAAAAGCACAGUGGCACCAGAAAUACGUUUCCCCGAAAUUUGACUUACCCUUUUAAUUAUUAUCGAAAACUAAUGCGGAUGAAUCAUGCUGUGAGUUGCAAGAAGAAGCUCGUGCAUGUUCUUCAUAACUAAGAGGAGAAAAUUAUUCUACUCAAGUAACAAGAUCCACUGCUCCAUUAUGUAAAAGAAGAUGUUUGUUUCAUAUGUACUGAACAGGGUAAUAAGAAAAAUACUUUACAUUUGUGUGCCACCACGACAAUUAGUGAUAAAGUUUAGCAUUGUGCAGAAGUACUUGGAGAUACACG